AGGAGACAGCCCGCGGCACCGGGGUAUCCCGGGAAACUGAGAGAGCCCGGGGCUCGGGGGUAUCCUGGGACAGGAGACAGCCCGCGGCACCGGGGUGUUACAGCGGUGUGCCUGCCUGUCUAUUGCUCGCUCAGCAGUGUUCCUGGAGCUGAGCCCGGUUUCAGUCGCGGCACUUUGAGGAGGAUGGAAAACCCAGCCUGCCGGUGGGUGGAUCUGUUCACCGGUAUAUGGCAGAGCAAGGGCUGGAGGAAUUCUGCCAACUUCUUGUGGAGAACCCAUUGCAUCCAGUAAUGCAUAUUGGUAUACCUUAUGGGACACUGAAGUGAUCACAAAAGAAGCAAGCAAAAAUUAAUGGAGGAAGUACCCAGGCUAUCAGGAGGGUCCCAUCAAGGAAUCCAGCACUCCCCUAUUCCUCCUGACAAGGUAAGCUCCACAUCCAUCCCACGUGUCCAGUGCUGCCACACAGCUAAUAAAGAUUCCUGUAGCUCUCUGCUGCCAAGAUGUCCAGUAACACACUGUCAUGUCUGUGCCUGGAACCCAGGUCCCUUUUGCAUGCCCUUGAUACUCUCAGCCAAAAGGAAUUUCAGGGGUUUAUCCCUGGAGGCUUCCCGUGUGCUGAGGGGAGCUCGUGUGCUGGCAAGGAGAGAAACUGAUGGCUGUUACUACCUGGGCCACAUUGUCCAGGAGGUGGAGGGCUCCAGGGAAGGCUUUUUAGUUGAGUUUGACCAAAGUGGGGCUCUGAAGGGCAGGCUCCAGCGAGGCCAGCAGGAAACGCCGCUCUAUGACAUUGUGCACUACGAGGAUGCCCGGCGACAGCCUCUUGCUCCAGGGGACAGGGUCUUGGCACCAUGGGAGGCUCCAGCCAAACGUUUUGGCCCUGGCACUGUGCUGAGGGUUGUGGAGAACACAGAGGCACCUUCAGCACACAAUGAGAGGGGAGUGCUUGUGAAUUUCUGGAAUGGGCAGACUAAGGAGGUGUCUUCUGCCCAAGCUCUGCGCAUUCCCGUGCCCCUGAGCGAACGCAUCAUCCUGGAGCUGCAGAUGCCUUUAGCAGCCAGGCAGAUGGUGGUGGAUUCAAGCUUGGAUUACCCUUACCUUGUGGCACCAGGUUACAGAGCCUCAGGGCACUACAGACAGGGUCACCUGGGCCUGGGCCGCUGCCCAGAGGCUCUGUAUUCCACUCAUCCCUGUGCAAAGUGCAGCUGGGGGUGCACCUCGCUUCCCCAGGGCUGCCUUGGAGCCUGGGAACACACAUGGCCUGCAGAGUGCAAAGUGCAGCAGGAAAACACCUUCAGCCCCAGAGCAAGCCUCACUGAAGACAAGCUCAGCAAGAAAAUAGAACAGGAACUGUCUGAAUUGAGGAUUGCUUCUUCAGAAAGUGUUUCCAGAGAGGAAGAGAAAAAGGAAGAGAAGAGAUUAGAGACAGAAAACAUUCCAGAAGAUGUUAGGUCCUCUUUGGAAGAGGACCAUGAGGUUAUAGAAACUGAGAAGGGCCCUCAGAGGGAGAUGGCUCGUGCUGUGGUUGAUGCUGCUGUCAACACAGACAGCUGGUUAGUGGAGACAGAUCACAAGGAGGAAGCAGAGAGCAGACAGCAGGAUGCUGAAACUGAAGCUAAAUUUGAACAUGAUCGUGGCUUUUUUGAGUCCAGAGUGGCAGAAGCUCCAGUCCAGCAUUCCCAGAGGAGCCCUGCCAUGGGAAGCAGUGCUUUGGUUCCUUUCAGGUGCCAGAGCUUCUUUGCCCAGGUGAAUCAGUCACUGGAGAAAGACAGCCUGACCAUCAGAUCAGCCCUUUGUGGGCAGAGACCCCACAGUGCCACCCCCCUGCUGGCUGGGAGAGCCACACAUCUCCCAAAGCUUCUGAGAGACAAAAACAUCACAAAAUCAAUCCCUAGUGAUGCAUCUCAGAAGAGGUGGAAGGAGCUGGACUUCAGCAGAGCCAAGAUUGAGCACAGAAGGUGGCAAGAAGAACAGAGGCAGCUGAAGAGGCAGCAGCAGCAAGAGGCAGAUGGCACCCGCAGGGACAGCCAGAGGCAGCGAUUGCAUCAGAGAACAUUGCAAGGGCUGGAGAAACAGCUGGAGCACAAAGAGAGAGCUUUGCAGCACAUGGCACUGCUCCAGGCUGCUGAGGCUGAGAGGAGCAGGAAGGAAUCCUGCUUUCCAGAGGAGGAGGAGGAGGAGAGGAAGGCAAGGCAGAGGCUUCAGCUCUUAAAGACACGGCGUUUGCAGAGAGAGGAGCUGCAGACCGAAAGCAACAACAGGAGCUGUGAACAAGAGAAAUAAAGGCUGGAGUUGCUGAGGAGCAGAAUGCAGUCACGGCAGGAAGUGCUGGAACAAGAAUCCCAGGAGCAGGACAAACAGCAAAACCAGCACCAGGCUGCCAAAGUGAGAGUGUUCCAGAGGAGAGAGAGUUCUCAUCUGAAGAUGGAAAAAGAAGGCCAGAAGCUCUGUGCUCUCCAGCAGUACCUCAGGGAACAGAAGCUCCUGCUGCUCAGGGCAUCCCUGCUCGAGUAAGGAAGCUGCACAGAGGGUGAGCAGGGCCUGGAGCAGUUCACAGACCUGCUGUGCCCUGUCACCUGUGAGUCAGUGUGACAGGUGGCAUUUGGAUUCCUGGAGAGGUCUCUAAUGUCCCUUCUACUGCAGCCAGAGUGCACUUCCACUGCUCUGUCCUUCACCUGCCUUUCCUCCUGGGGUCACUGGCUCCCCCUCCCCUGAGAGGGAGCAGCAGGGCACAUCUAGAGGCACUUUCUGCCUCAGAAAGGAGGGGUUUUAGUGCACUGCACCGUGGGGAGUGGAGGUGCCCAAGGAGAGGAGGAGGAGGUUAAGCUUGUCACAUUCUGAAGUGUUCCCUCUUCCUCACAUCAUCUGAGGUACAAAAUUCCCUGUGGCUGUGCCCAGGAAAUGCACUGAUCAGCUCUGGGUAACCAGAAAUUUCAGCCAGGUAUUUAGGAAAGGAGGAUGGACAUAGCAGAAUUUAUUUGCUGAAACAGUCAGAGCUAUAUGGAAAUAUCUUUAUUUUACACAGAAUUAUGCUAAAUUACAAUGUAUGUAAAUAUAUGAUCAUAUAUAUGAUCAGCUCUGGGUAACCAGAAAUUUCAGCCAGGUAUUUAGGAAAGGAGAAUGGGGCAUAGCAUAAUUUACUUGCUGAAACAGUCAGAGCUAUAUGGAAAUACCUUUAUUUCACACAGAAUUAUGCUAAAAUGAAUACAAUAUUUGUGAUACCUUGUUUCAAGUAAUGCCUAGAACCAAACUAGAUACAAAAUUCAAAUUUGGCCUGACAUUCUGUAUACACUUAGAAACAUGAUACACAUUUUCUGGCACAUUAUAAAAAUUUAUGCCUCCUUCUAGAAUAUAGCAACAGUGAUGAUGGCAGUUUCUUAAAAAAAAAAAAAAAAAAAAAAAAAAAAGAACAAAGAAAAAAGUAAAAA